AUGGACAAGCGAGACGUGCUCGCUCCUGAGCGCGGAGCUCCGCAAGCGAGCGCUGAGCCAGCCAAGCACCGCCGUGUGCCGUUACAGGGGUCAGGGUUUUGUCUGAAACCCUCUGUGCCUGCAUGCUGCUCAGCUCGCUACAAUUUAGCGCUGCUGGCCUUUUUUGGAUUCUUCCUUCUGUAUGCCUUGCGUGUGAACCUCAGUGUUGCUCUCGUGGAUAUGGUAGAACCUAACACAAGCUUAGCAAAGAAUACAACUUCCAAUGUGUGUCCAGAACAUUCCUCUACUAUCAAUGUUCCUCGCAAUACGUCGGGGAAAAAAUAUUCUUGGGAUGCUGAUACUCAGGGAUGGAUCCUUGGUUCGUUUUUCUAUGGCUAUAUCAUUACUCAGAUUCCAGGUGGAUAUCUUGCCAGCAAAAUUGGAGGGAAGCUGUUGCUGGGGUUUGGCGUCUUUGGUACUGCUGUCUUCACCUUGCUUACUCCCUUAGCAGCAAAUCUGGGAGUUGGCUAUCUCAUAGCUGUCAGAGCCUUGGAAGGAUUGGGAGAGGGUGUUACCUUUCCUGCUAUGCAUUCGAUGUGGUCGUCUUGGGCUCCUCCACUGGAACGCAGCAAGCUCCUUAGUAUUUCUUAUGCAGGUGCACAGCUGGGAACCGUUGUGUCUCUGCCACUGUCUGGUUUAAUAUGCUACUAUAUGAAUUGGAUUUACGUGUUUUACAUAUUUGGUGCACUUGGAGUAUUAUGGUUCUUCUUCUGGAUGUGGUUGGUUAGUGAUACACCAGAAAUUCACAGGAGCAUUUCACAUACCGAAAGAGAAUAUAUACUUUCUUCUCUAAAAGAUCAGCUUUCGACACAAAAAUCAGUUCCCUGGAGACGGAUACUGGAGUCCCUGCCGCUCUGGGCUAUUGUUGUGGCACACUUUUCCUAUAACUGGACUUUCUAUACUCUUCUCACGCUCUUGCCCACGUACAUGAAGGAGAUCCUGCGGUUUGAUGCACAAGAGAAUGGUUUUUUAUCUGCCCUACCUUAUUUUGGCUGCUGGUUGUGUAUAAUUCUGUCUGGACAAAUUGCUGACUACUUACGGGAAAAACAGAACUUGUCUACCGUUUGUGUUCGCAAAUGUUUUACCCUAAUAGGGAUGAUUGGACCCGCAGUGUUCUUAGUAGCGGCUGGCUUCAUAGGCUGCAACUAUAUGCUGGCUGUGGCAUUCGUGACCAUAUCAACAACACUAGGAGGAUUUUGUACAUCUGGUUACAGCAUCAACCAUCUGGACAUAGCACCGUCGUAUGCUGGAAUCCUCCUUGGAAUCACAAAUUCAUUUGCCACCAUCCCAGGAAUGGUGGGGCCAGUUAUUGCCAAGAACCUCACUCAUAAUAAUACUGUGGGAGAAUGGCAGACUGUUUUCUAUAUAGCUGCUUCUAUUAAUUUAUUUGGAGCAAUUUUCUUUGCAUUAUUUGGAAGUGGAGAAGUUCAGGACUGGGCAGUCAGUGGUUAUCACUUGCACAGAAACUGAAGGAGACGUUGAAAUACCCAAGCUGUGCUGAAUCCCCGCGUGCUAGAAUUAUGUGACCGGAAAAGUGCCUUUCCUACUGAUGCCUAAGAGUCUUCAGAGCUUUUCAGUUUAACUGUUUUAUCUGUGUAUCUUUUUGUACUGGAAAUCAUUGACAGCAUAUGUAUGUUAUUUCCUAACAAGAAACUACUUGAAUUAAAUAGAAUGGCUUCAUGUUAGGACUUGAUAUCAAAUGUAUGAUCAGAGAAUUAACAUUUUAAAUUGAUGUGCUAGGCUCAAUUUCCUUCCAGAUUUUAAUGAAAAUUUUCUGAAGUAAUGUGUAGGAGGAUGUUUGCUAAUACUGAAAUGAGAGGGAAAAAAGUGAUUGUGCGGCAGCAUGAGGAGGAAUGGAAUGCAAAGAACUGAACGUGAAAAGCAGUGUUUUGGUUUCCAUGAUAAGAUUGAUAAUGUUUUUUGUUUAAAUGUCCAGAAAAUUUCUAGUUUUCUACAGUCUUUUAUAAUUCUUUUAUUUUUGUCAGUGUUUUAAUUGAAGCCUAAAGAAAUGCACAGAUGGCUUUAUUCUAUUUUAUGCACAACGUUUCAAGAUAUAAAUAUUCACUGUUUCAAGAAUGCGGCUUCACAAUCGAUCUAGAGCAAUGAGGAAGUAAAAUGUAUGGUUGUGACUGACGGAGUAAGCCAUGUGUUGCUGUUCUCUGUGGUGCAGGUUUUUUAAAUAGGCCUUACUUUAUAUUCCUCUGUGCAAUUGAAGACGUGGUGCAAAUAUGUGGUUUAAAUCUAAGCGGUGUAAAGAGUGAACUAGAAAUAGAAUGUCUGGAUGUUUACAUUAACAUAACUUUCAAUGUGGCAGUGCAAUUUUGGCUGUUAAUUGAUACGGUGGAAUUUUUUCCUCUUGCAUGUAGAUGUAUAUGUCAGCUUGUCGGUGUAAAUGCAAUAAAAUAAGGCCGGUGUAGGGCAUAAUGAAGAAAAUUAGUUCUAUAACAGCCUUGCUAGAUAAAAGUAGAAUAAAAAGAACUAGUGCAAUAUCCUGAUGCUGCUGUUCUCCUAUCAGCAUAGAAUUUGACACUCGAGCAUCCUUGGCACAACAUGCAGUUGAGUGCCACACAGUAGGAUUAAAUGAAGUCUGUGAAAACAGUGGCCUAGUUGAGAAUGAACAGCUGAAUAAUCUUGUCACAAAGCAAAGGAAAAUUCCCAUGCCAAAGAUUCCUGGAUUGGAGCAAUUCGGUAAAAAACACUUUAAAAAAACUUUAAAAAGAAAAAAUUAAAAAACCUGCGCUCCGGGUUUCCCACAUGCCACCAAUUCAAAAGAAAAACCCAGUACUGAAGCUGCUCCAGUGGAGCCUACCUUCCUUCAUUUCUAGGAAAUGGCAUCCGCCUCUUACUAGCUUUAAGAGCCGUAUUGUUUUGACCUUCAUUGUUGUGUCGUGUUCUUUGAUUGGUGGAAGUGUGUUUAAAUCUGGGUUUGUGUCUGCAGCAUUUCCACAAUAAAUGAUGCAAAAUUCAGAUGAAAUUAAGUUGUUCAGUGGGAGUAUGUUAAAGCUAUGUUGUCUCCUGUGUUUCCACAAUAAAUGGAAUGAAUAUUUA